AUGUUACAGAACAUCCUCAUGUCGAAUCGUCGUGAUAAUACUGGUAAAAAGAAUGGAAUGAGUGAAGAAGUAAGCAAAAAAAAAAAUGGUUCCAUUCACAAAACGGACAGUUUCAAUGAACCAAAAGGUGCGACGACAUCGACGGAACCGGCCUUUUCAACUGCCGCUGGUGCCGGAAACAACGUGAAACAGAAACGGAUCGAUGAAAAGUGUACUACUUCUGAUGAUAGGAAGCGUCCACGGAGCAAGAACACUGAAGAUUUCGAUGCUUCUCCUCCGAAAAAGUCAUUGGAUGUUCCGACGACCUCUUCGAAAAAGGAAAGGAGCAAGGAGCACGACAGAAAACACGAAAAGGACCAAAAACAUGAAAAGGACCGAAAACAUGAAAAGGACAGAAGAAACAGAAAGGAGAAAAUAAUAAUUCACGCCGACGUUAUGCGAGCCUCACGAGAAUAUGGGCGCGAUGAAAUGCGAUUGGUACUUCAAGAAACCGACGCUUCACCAAAGAUACUGGCUGUGUGUCCUUACGAAUGCGGGAAAGAUAUCAAAUUUGGUGACAAGAUUCGUAUUGAUGCAGAAGUUGAGAAAAAAGAAAAUGAGAUUGUCACGGAAGUUUAUUUCAAGAAACUGCUGAGGAACGAUUAUAACAAAGCCCGACGACAUAUCACUCGACAUUCGAUUGCUGAAGCUCCUUAUUGUCUGAAACCAAGAUUAAUUUAUGAGCUGUCAGAUGAAAAAAUCAAAAAAGCAGUUGCCCGUAUCACUAUUCUCGACUUGAAGUUGGAAAUCUAUGACAAAUGCAUUGCUUGCGAAAAGUACAUUUGCACAUUGGUUAGCUCAAGCUCGAUUCGGGAAGACUGCAAAAACUGCAAAAACAAAAAGGCAAAAACUGAAGUAUCGCUAUAUUCGAGGAUGCGAGUAAUGGACCCGACUGGUCAAAUUGUUGUUAAUAUUGAAACAAAAACAAUGAAGAAAGUCUUUGAAAUUUUAAAUUAUCAAGGUGGACUCGAUGAAUGGCUUGAUUUCAAUAUUCCACAAGAACGCUUAAACUACAUUGGCAAGUCAAUGAUGAUUGAAGUAGAAAAGAAGGGCGACGAUUGGGAAUGCACCGACGCGGCUGAAGUCAAUUGGAAAAUUUAUGAAAAUUACUUGGCGGAAGCGAAGGAAAAGAUCAUUAGAAAAAUCGAGAAGAAUCACAAAUAG